AUGCAGAGCCUCGGCAAGGAGAAUCACAGCUUUGUAUCUGAGUUCAUCCUCCUUGGUUUCUCCAGUGAGUCACAGGUCAGAAUAGCCCUGUUCUCCUUCUUCCUUCUCCUCUACCUCAUCAUUCUUCUGGGCAAUGGACUCAUCAUCACCCUGAUCUACAUGGACUCACACCUCCACACACCCAUGUAUUUCUUUCUCAGCAUCCUCUCCUUGGUGGAUAUGAGCUAUGUCACUACCACCAUGCCCCAGAUGUUGAUUAAUAUGGUGUGUCCAAAGAAAACCAUCUCCUGGGGAGCUUGUGUAGCCCAAAUGUUCAUCUUCUUGGUCCUGGGCAUUGCUGAGUGUGUGCUCUAUGCCAUUAUGGCCUAUGACAGGUAUGUGGCCAUUUGCUUCCCCCUUCACUAUCCCUUGCUCAUGGGCCGCUCCAUUUGUAUCAAGAUGGUCACAGGCUGUUGGGCCGUUAGCAUAGCUGGGGCCCUGAUCUACACUGUCUUCACCAUGCGUCUGCCUUAUUGUGGCCCCCACAAGAUAAACCACUUCUUCUGUGAGGUCCCUGCCGUCCUAAAGUUGGCCUGUGCAGACACAUCCUUCAAUGACCAUUUGGACUUCAUCUUGGGUUUCACCCUGCUCUUGGUCCCAUUCUCCCUCAUCCUGGUCUCUUAUGUCUGCAUCUUUGCCUCCAUCUUAAGAAUCCACUCAUCCCACGGGAGGCUCAAGUCUUUCUCCACAUGUGCCUCCCACAUUACUGUGGUCAUUAUGUUCUAUGGGCCAGCCAUGAUAAUGUACAUGAGGCCUGGCUCCUGGUAUGACCCAAAGCGGGACAAGAAGCUAGCUCUGUUCUACAAUGUUGUCUCUGCCUUCCUCAACCCCAUCAUCUACAGCCUCCGGAACAAAGAUGUAAAGGGGGCCUUUCUGAAUGUAUUUGGUAACAGAAGGGCAUCUCAGUGA